UUUUUUUCGGGCCAGCUUUACGUCAAAAACACGAGAUGACGUCUCAAAAAAAUAUACAACCUCCGUUACCAAAAACUUUACUCGAAAUUUCUGUCCCUUAAAAUUUUCAGUUUCAAUUCACCAAUAUCAUCAUGAGGCCAAAUAUUAAAAAAAACUGAACCUAAAUUAUAAAACUAACAAAAAAAUCGACCGCAUGCUCCGAGAUAUAGGGUAGCGCCUAUAAUAGGUAACAAACGCCACUCGUAAAGAGAAUGACAAGUCGGAAUCCAAGGACAAGACUCGGUGCAAAUUCUGGGGCAGGUGCACGUGGACCAUGCAGACCAGGUCUUACAAGAACGCAGACCAUGCGUCAAGCAAAAACAUCAGUAGCAGCGAGGGAAAGGAUACGAGAAGAAUCGCCAGUUCGAGAUGUGGGUCCUUGUCCUUCACGUCGCGAAAAAAUAGGCCUGUCAAAGCUUGGACCUCCACCGGCUGCUGCUAAACGGAUUGAUUUCACCAAACCCGGGCUGACCAAGGCGAUGAUGGCUCGUUUGCAGCACGCUCAGAAACGUCUGGAGGCAGAACAAAAAAAACGCCAAGAAGAAGCUUCAGCUUCUAGACGCCCAAGAAGAACUGCUGCUCCCAUUGGUGGAGAUGCUAGAGUUGGAAGAGAAAGACUUCCUCCACGAAAAUGGCACCCUGAAGGAGCUCUUCAAGAAGCAGCGAUGAGGAGUCCAACUGUCCGAAAAAUGAUGCAAGGCAGAGAGCAUCAGGCCAGAGGGGCACUAGCUGAACGUAAUGGAACUCAAAGAAGUGUACCAACAACUACUAUUCCUAAAAUUACUGCUACAGUUGCAAAUCGUUCGAUACAAGUCAUACGAGAAACUCUUGAUGAACAGGAUGUCAUUGAAGCUGAAGCAGUACAAAAUAAGCUUCAAGACCUCCAGCAAGCUAGGAGAGAAUUCGUCUUGUCUGUUGCUAACGUUUCAGGCAAUUUGGUAAACAUAGCAGAUGAAGUAGCUCCUUCCUUUUCACAACCCGAACCAUCUCACAGAUACCUUCACAAAAUACCAGACAUAAAUGAUCCUAUCUUUCAAGUUGAAUACGAUAGAUGUCAUCCAUCAGUAGCUGCAGCCAGAGAAUUUCUAAAAAGAACUCAAGCAGCCCAGGCACAGAGAGAAGCGCAGAGAAGAAUUGAUGAAGAAUUUGCGCGAGCAGCAGCAACACUUGAUGAUGAAGAUCUUCGAUUUGAUAUUCCCCUUGAUCAUGAUAUAAUGGAAGGGGACAUUUCAUUUGAAGAGGACGAGGAUGGAACUAUCAUUCCAUGUCUUUCAAGAAUUAGAGCUUCCAUGCCUCCCAUUCCUCAAAGGAGUGAUUCUUAUUAUUCUUACAGACCUAACGAUAUUGAUGAGCUGGAAAGGUUCUUUGAUACCACAACUUAUCCUCCAGUAGCUUCAACAUUUGUACCACCAGGAAGAGAAAAUAUAAAUUCUGAUCUUUGGGAACUUGAAGAUCCUUGGUACAGAGAAUGUCCGCAGCCGGAUGUACCGGAUAUGAUCGAAUUUGAUAUGAUGGAACAUUGAGGCCUUUUAUCCCGUUUUAGCAAUUUGCAUUCUUUUACAAAUUUUACAUAAUUUUGGAAUUUUUUCUCAGGUUUAUUUUUUAUAUUGUCAAAUUUUUUAAUUUGUACGCAUAUAAAGUGAUUAUACCGUUUACAAAUCUAUUACAGAAAACAUACAAUAUCAAUUAAAAUUUUCUAGUUACUUGUGCUUUCCUAUUCAGAAUAUAAAAGAACAAUAUUUCUCAUGCCCGAGAAUUCUUUGAGACCGGAAAACCCCGGUAAAUAAUAGCGAAUUUAUUUUUUGACCAGGAAUUUUUCCAAUUUUUAAAAGAAAAACCUAUCUAAUAUUUUAAUUCUGAAAUAAUUCAGUUAGACACUUAGAAAUUCAUAUCAGUAAGACGUAACAGAUUAAAAAUAAAAAGCGUUUGGAAUUUUUUGUUAAAA